AUGGCUGAGAAAACAAGCAGAGGCCCACAGGAUAGCCCUGUCUCAUCUCCUGAUGAAAAUGAAUUUCCUUCUGGAUACCCCACUAACAUAUGUGAGGAUGUGCCUGAUCAGAAGUACCUGUGCAGCAACUGCAAUAACAUUCUGAAGAAGGCCCUGCAGACGCUCUGUGGGCACAGGUACUGCUCAGCCUGCCUCGCCUGGAUUGCACGAAACAAUAAAAAUGCAAUUUGCCAGAAAUGUAAAGAGGAAGAUCCCAGCACUUCCAGUGAGGGAAGUCUGUUGGCAGAAGAAAGGGCAUUUGGUGAUGCUGCUAUUAAUAAAGAGAUUUCUGAACUGAGAGUACACUGUGUGACCCUGGGAUGCAGCUGGUCUGGUAUCAUGAAAAACUUCGAAGAGCAUCAGAGUUUAUGUGAAUAUGCUUUAAUCCCCUGUCACACUGGUUGUGGACACAUGGUGAUGAGAAAGAAACUUGCAGAUCAUUUGGAAAAUGGAUGUGUUAAUAACGUGACAACGUGUCAGAGGUGUAAGAAGAGCUUAUCCAGUAGUGAAUACCAAGAACAUUCAUGUGAAGGCAGUUUAUGUAAGGAACAAACCCAUGUGCAAACAGAAACACCAUCAAGAGAAAAGAACUGCUCUACACCCUCAGUCAACAAGGAUGGCUGUCGCUUCUCUGAGGUCGGCUGUUCAUUCAGGGGAAGCAAAGAGAAGGUAAAGGAUCAUGAGAGAACUGCAGUUGGAGCCCACAUGCUGCUUCUGCUGCAGCACAUAAAGCAACUGAAGGCAAGCUUGUGCAUUGCUGCCAAAGCUGCAAAUGGUUACAUCCCACAGACAGAGCUGAGAGUGAAUGGUGCAGGAAAAAGCAUCCCUGAUCUGCAGAUCCCAGCAGGGCUGGAAACCCGUGGGGAUGUGGAAGAAGAUUGUUUUCCUGAAUCUUCCGUUUCUCAAGAGGAAUCUGCUCUGCAGCAACUUGUGAGGGAGAAAGUGAUUUCUGAGCUAGAAAAUAAGCUACAAGUGUUUGAGAAUAUUGUGGCAGUCCUCAAUAAAGAGGUGGAGAUCUCCAGCCUGGAAAUCGUGGCCUUUCGGAGACAGAGUGAACUUGAUCAAAAUAUGAUACGAGGCCUUGAACUGAAGAUUGCAGAGUUGCACCGGUGUCUGACGCAGAAGGACGCAGGCCUGAGCAGCCUUCAUAAGAGUCUUCUGUUCUCUGAGCAAGCUUCCUAUGAUGGGGUCUUUCUGUGGAAAAUAACAGACGUUGGCAGGAAGUUACAAGACUCUGUGACUGGAAGAACAGUCAGUUUGUAUUCACCAGCUUUCUACACUGCAAAAUAUGGCUACAAGGUAUGUCUGAGGGUGUAUCUGAAUGGGGAUGGGACAGGAAAAGGAACCCACAUGUCCCUGUUCUUUGUUGUCAUGAAAGGAGACUACGAUGCUUUACUCUCAUGGCCUUUCAGGAACAAGGUUACAUUUAUGUUGCUUGACCAAAACAACAGGGAGCACGUUAUUGAUGCGUUUCGCCCAGACUUGACUUCUGCUUCAUUUCAGAGACCAGUGAAUGAUAUGAAUAUUGCAAGUGGCUGUCCCAUGUUUCUCCCUUUGUUCAAAUUACAGUCACCUAAAUAUGCCUAUGUGAAGGAAGACACACUUUUCCUUAAAUGCAUUGUCGAAACAAAUCAUUAAAUCUUGAAACACGGGUGUCUGGUAAAACACCCACUGAAUUUCAUUAGUUUACAAGGAAACCAAAACAUCAGCUUGAGACCUUGUAUUAGUUUUCACGCGCACAGAUAAUCCAGAGAGCCCAAGCCUGAAUCCCUGAACCCAUUCACAUCAGCUGAAUAUCUGCCUGCUAGAGUUAGCUACAGCUGAGCAUGCCCAGUACUUUGCUCAUGGAUACUGGAAAUGAGAACUGUGAUUAUUUCAUCAAAACAGCCAAUAUUCCCGGUGUAGGUGUAUGUUACAGUCACACACACCCUGCAGAUGCACUUGAGGAAAGAAGCACUAUACUUUCUCACACCUGGCCCAGAUGUGGGUGUCAUUCUGUUGGUAGUGGGCAGAGAGAGCAGCCAGAGCUCCCUUCCAGCACCCUGGGGUUGGGAGGUUUCAGAAGCUGAGCUUUCCCUAUCCUCCCCCGGCUGUGCAGCUCCAUUCCCAGGAGGCACAGUGCUGGCUGGCAGCCCUGGUGUGGGAUUCUGCCUGUUCCUCCACCAGGGACAUGGGUAGAUUCCUUCCCCUAAGGCACUGAUUGGGUGUCUCUGUGCUUAUUGGUGACCUUGAAAGCAGUGAGUUGUGGAUAGCAUUUGUAACUGGAGUUGAUACCAGAUGAUUUAUGUCUUGCUAUUUAUUUUAGAUCUAUAUUUAUGUGCUCUGUAAAGAGAUGUCCUAUUGCAUCAGCAAUCAGUGACCACAUUGCACUGUGCCUUGGGGAAAUCACCUCUUGUAUUUCCAAAGGAGUCGUUUGACUUUCCCAUUUCAGAUUUGGAGCUCUGAGGGCUGGUAACCCCAGGGAAGUUCAGAGCCAGGCCAAGCAGUGUAAGGACCCCUCAGUAGCUCCAUUUUCAAGUGUUCAGUCACUUCCUGGACCUUCAAGGCAAGUGACUUAGUAGAAAAUACUGAUUUUAUUUUUUACUGCUUUAUU